CUGCUGAUCCUCCCGAGACGGCGACGAAGUUGCAAUUACAUUAGAAAAACGACGAUACGACCCUUCAAGCCAUUAUCGUGAUGCGAUAGAACUUGAUAGAAGCAGUGAUACCCAACGAAUAACAAAUUAAAAUUUUUAGCAUCGUUGUGACGCACGAGGAAUGAGGUGCGGGGUGCGGGGUGCGGAGGACAAACACUUCGAAAGGCUUAUAUAGGACGCGCGGACGAAUUCCAUACCAGUUACAUUCUAGAAGUAAACAAACAACGAACUCCGAAAAAGGGCAUCUUCUUCGCUCGGCUUCCAGCCAAACAAUGGAUAUGUUAAAUAUAAAACCGUUAAGUGAGGACAUAGAGUGGUCUCCGGAGGCGCCCGUGGGCGUGGGGGCCACUGGGGCAGGAGUAUGUGGCCCGGAGCCCACCGCGCCCACGGUGUCCACGUCCGGCGAGGCCCGCGCCAUCCGCCGCAUCGUCGGCCGCUGGGGCGCCGAAUGGUUGAGCUGACUCGGCUCCAGGCACCAGGAUAAUGCCGGUAGCUGGCCGGCCGACCACCCCCUGCCGCCGCCGCGCUGGGGGGCACCCCGUCCGGCUUUGCACCUCACUCUCCGUCAAUACGAGGAGUUGGUCGCCAAAGCCGAGGUACUGUUGAGUCGUCUCGUGGUUUCCGAAAACUAUGAUUCCAUUAGCAACUUCCUGACGCACUACGACGCUUACAUGGCUUCCCCUAUCGACACCCUGAAAGAAUUUUACCAGAAAUAUAACCCGCCGAUCCGCGCCCACAAACACACCUGCGUGGGUCUGGGCAUGGAAGUCAUCAAACGCUUGAAACUCUUAGAGAAAGAUUUCCCCGGGAUCACUAAGGCGAUGAUGCUGGUAUCCUGUGACGAGAACAUAGAAGAUCUUGACGAUUACACCACGUCGUUCCCUGGACCUCAAGGGUUCCUGAUCGAGACUGAGAAGGACCACGUGCUAGUGGCGAUCCACGUUAAAGUCGACGGCAGACCCGGCGUGUUCCUGUCGGAUCUUGGAUAUCACAUCUCUCGCGCCGUCACCGUCAUGGCGGAUCGUUGCUACCCGCACACCGGUUGGUUCACGCAGUCGGACGAGCCGCACUGCCGCAAGGAGUACAAGUACCAGUUCAACGCGGACAACGCGAGCUACGUGGAGUGGCACGAGCGGGAGACCAGGGCCGCCGGGGUCAAGGAGCGCCUGUCCCUCGUGUACGUCGCGAGGGCCUACCUCUCGGCCGUCGAGGUCACCGAGAAGAGGAACCUGGUGUGGGACUUGAGGAGUCUUCUCGCAAGGGACCCUAAGGGCCGUCUCGCAGCCGGCGUGUACUUUCCGUUAAAACUAAAAGACCAGGAGUUCACCAUGUUCUACGACAGCACCAGCGGGAAACAGAGAAAGAAGUUCAAGUUCAGCGUGUUUUUGGAGCUGCAGAAGAUCCCAGACGAGGUAGUCGAAGAAGUCGAGCAAUGCAAUGAACAACUUCGUCUUCGGGACGGGGAGUUGCUCUCCAUCCUUAACCGUUUGGCGAACGUCAUGGCGGACGCGGAAUUCAUGGCGGAAGUGCUUGCCGUCAACGAAAAAAUCGUAGAGCUCUCCGCGGCUCACUAAAGCAAUAAUAAUGUUUAUCUUUCACUGUCGAAGGCGUUUGCACGGUGUUGCUAGCUGCGUCAAUCAUAUAUUUUUAUAUUAGCUAUAUAUAACCUUUAGCUAUACCUACCUGAAGUUGACCCAACAAAAAUAUCAUAAAUGCAAUAUUAAUAAACAACAUCUCUGUGUGUCACAUCUGUGUGUUCAGAUCAAAUUAAGUGAAAAUAGUUAAAAAAACAAUCACUCAAGAGAAAUUGCUACUUAGUGGAUAAUACCAUCACAAAUUUUUUGACAGAUAUCUCGCUUACUCUGUGACAUCGAUACUGUCAUCACGGUAAUAGUUAAUUAACUAAUAUUUAAUGAAUCAAGUUUCUUAUAGACUUAAAAUUAUUGUGAAUUCAUUUAAAAACUCAUUUAAAUAAAUCUAUCUGGGUCAACGUAACGUUUUUUUUAUAUUAAGUUUUCUUGACGAUGCACUGAUACUCAUAGUUGCCGAUAGAUGGCAUCACUUGUCUUUUCUAGAUAUCAGCACUUUUCAUGUAUUUAUUCUAUUUUCAUUUAUUUUACUGUAGUGUAGUAGUCUUAGGCCCAUAAUAUCAAUCGUAGUUUAAACUAAAAUCGAAGGUUUAAACUGUCACUGAAGAUCAACUCGUAAUUUCAAUCAAAGUUAAACUGCCCUUCAGAGUUUAAACUAUCGCAAAGUUUAAACGACCAUGAGGGAGCGUUUAAACCAUGAGUUGGGUUUAAACUGCUCUUUUUAAAAUGGCUGCUCGAAAUUAACAGCUGUUGUUUCCUGUCAAAGUAAAUGUAAUAUAAAGUUAGUGUCAGUAAAUAGAGAUAAGUAUUAGGUAAAAUUAAGUAAAAAUUUAAUUGUUAACAAAAGUAGGCAUUUAUAGUGUUAUAAAAUGGCUGAGUGGAAUGAAGACACUGAUUCUGAUAUUGAAGAUUUAGAAAUUCUCAAUGACUUCAAUUCGUAUUUUAACAGACCUUAUCUAGUCAGACCAAGAGAAAACAAUUUCGUUAAGUGGGACGAUACGGAGUUUAUACGUCGUUUUCGUGUAUCUAAGAAUACAGCUUUUACGAUUUUAGAAGAAAUUGCUAAUGACAUAUCACACCCCACAAAUCGGUAAGGCGGACUUUAUUUACAGGACUUUUUUUAAAGUACCCAUUAAAUAUAUAGUAUUGAGUAUAUAUUACCUAAUGUUUAUUUGUACUGUAAUGUUAUUAGGUACUUUUUUAUUGCAGGAAUCAUGCAUUGUCAGCGUGUAACCAGUUAUUAUUAACCUUGCGUUAUUAUGCUACUGGAUGCAUGCAAAUUACUGUUGGCGAUUUCAGUGGUGUUCACCAAACGACAGCAGGAAAAGCUAUUAAAAAAGUUACCGAAGCGAUUGCAUCAAGACGAUGCCGAUAUAUAAUGCUGCAAGAUUCUGAAGAAGACAAAAGGAAACAUCAGAAUGGAUUCUACAAUAUGGCUAGGUUUCCUCUAGUGUAUGGAGCCCUUGAUUGUACUCAUAUACGGAUUCAAUCACCAGGUGGACAAAAUGCAGAGUGUUUUAGGAAUAGGAAAGGCUAUUUUUCCUUAAAUACUCAGGCAGUUUGCAAUUCAGACUUGAAAUUUUCGAAUAUUGUGGCUAGAUGGCCGGGGGCAAGCCAUGGCAGUACCAUUUUUCAAAAUAGCAGACUCUGUGCUAUUUUUGAAUCAGGUCAGAUGGGCCAACUAGUUCUUCUCGGUGAUGCUGGAUAUCCGAACAAAAAAUAUCUAUUGACACCUCUACAAAAUCCUGUCACAGAAGCUGAGAAACUAUACAAUGAGUCUCAUAUACGAACUCGGAAUUGUAUAGAGAGGGCAUUUGGCAUAUGGAAGAGACGGUUUCCAGUUUUGUCAUUGGGAAUUAAGACCAAAGUUGAACUGGUACAAGAUAUCAUUGUUGCAACAGCCAUUUUACACAACUUGUGUAUCAAGCAUAAUGAUGUCAUGCCUAACUUAGAUGUUAACUUAGAAAAUAUCAUUGAUGUAACUGGCAGUGAUAACAACCAAGAUACCACCCUCAGCAGCAAUUACAGCAACAAUAGUUAUAGAAGGCAAAUGUUAAUUGACAAUUACUUUAGCAGUUUACAAUAGCUGAAUUCCUUUUAAAAAAAGGAAAAUCAAAAUAUAAAGUAAAUUUACUACUAUAUUUGAACUAUUGUCCUUUAUAUGUUUAAUAAAACCAAUUUUUAAUAUGAAAUGAAAACAACCUCAUCUUUUUUUAUUACAUUUAAUUACACAGUUACAACAAUUUACAAUUACAUAUAUAUUUAAUUACAACGCAUUUUAUCAAUUAAUUAAAACUAUCGAGUACUUUUUUUUUAAUGUCAAUUUCUAAUUGUAGAAGUGUACAUCUCAGUUCAUGCUCCUUUACUUCUUGUUCUUGUUUUUUAUUUAAAUUGUCAAUUUGUGCGUCCAGUAAUUUAAUUUUUUUAUUGGCCAAGGCACUAUAAUUGUUCAUUGUUUUAUUGAACACUUCUGGAUUCUUUUUGGUGAGGGGUGUAGAUAUUUUUCUCUUUAAUAGAAAAUUACUGCUCUUUGGGGUUUCUGAUUCAAUAAUUUUUUCAUCAAUCUAAGGCAAAGAAAAUACAAAUCAGUUUAAUAAAAACAAAUUUUAAAGUCCUCCCAGCUUCAGGCUUUCAGAUUAAGAAAAUGAAACACUUGUAUGGUUUGUGGUAGUAACAGGCAGGACAGUGGACCUCGUUCUGGCACACAUUAUGUCUUAACACUUUCUCACUAGCCUAUAGACACAGGCCUACUGUGGUAUAUUCUGCAAAGCACUGUUCUUGUUAGGAUUGGGAAUAGGCAGAUUUUUUUUUAUAUAAAAUUAAUACACACCAGUAUAUUUUGAUUAUUUUUUGCCGGAAGUGCUGUGUCUUGGCUGGUCUCGGCAUAUUUUUCCUUUGUUUCCUUUGUUAUUACUAUCUGUAAAAAGACAAAAUUGCACCAAUUUACCAUUUUUGUAAAAUUCACAUCAUAUUUUUGCUUAGAAUAGAAAACAGUUCUGAAGUUCUGCUGUUCUUUCAUUAUUGGUGACUUUUGGUAAAGUAUAGGUUUAAUCAGUGGUCAUUUGAUUAUAAGACAAAUAGAGAUAGAUAUAAUUAGAAGCUACUCAUACAUACCUCAUCACAGUCAUUGCGAGAUGGUAAUCCCAUCACACUAGUCCCAGAUAACUCCAUUACCACUUCCUCUUCUUGACUGAAAUUAAUUUCAGCGGAUGGUCCACCCCCUGUUCCAUACAAACUUCUCCGAAACGUACUAUAUUUGGUCUUGGCCCUCUUUUUUAUAUUGUCAUACUUUGCGCGAAGAGUCUUGUCACUUCUGAACACAAAUGACGACAAACUGUUGAAUUCUUUGGCCAGCUUUGACCAAGUUUGCUCCUUCAGCUGAUUAUUUGUCAUAUCACUUUUUUUAUUUUCCAAUAUAUGGCUAUAUUGUCUCACCAAGCUUGUGAGCAAUUCUGUUUCCGAUUUUGAAAAAUUGGGAACGCGUGUUUUAUUUUCGACGGACAUAACGAAUCAUUGAAUUUUAUUUGGAAAAACGAUGCAACUGUCAAAUACAGAUGUGUAAUUUUAGCUUGGGAUUGUUAAAAGAUUGAAAAGAAUGAACGGAUCACAAAAUGUUGCCACACGUCAUAACAUUGUCACAGUUCAGCUGAUCUCUGUUUGUUUUUGUAUUGAUAUUACGAAAGUAGUUUAAUCUAUGGAUCAAAUUUGAACGAAGUUUUGUUGAUCCUUAGUUUAAACCCUGAAUGAUAUUAUGGGCCUUAGAUGAUUUUUGAAAGUUUUGACGAGAACGACUCAAUGUGGGAAAUAAAAAUUGAAAAAUA